UGACGCACAGGUACGUCACUUGGCUUGCUGUGGUGGGUCAUAACGGCGGAACUUCAUAGCUUCUGCUUGCCCAUACAUUGUGGGUAUAUCCAGACGUAAAACGUUCUCAGUUUUCUGGGUAGUGUGUAAAAUUUCAAUAUGGAAGACGACAGAAGAUAAAGCACCAGGAAGAAAACAGUUAUCACUUUAUGGUCCCUCUUCGUUUCAGUCACAUAUCUGUCUUGACGUGAUGGCAUCAGAGGAUGAAAUCAACCUGCUGGUCAUCGUCGUGGAUGUAAAUCCGAUAUGGUGGGGACAGCAAGCUCAGCGUGAGCCAGAGUUCACCCUGUCCAAGUGCCUGGAUGCCGUCAUGGUGUUGGGGAACUCCCACAUGGCCAUGGCCCGCACCAACAAGCUGGCUGUCAUCGCCAGCCACUGUCAGGACAGUCACUUCCUGUAUCCCAGGAAGGGCUGGAAAGGCGGGGACAACGGCGGAGAGGACGCUUCCUCCAGUGGGGAUGGAAAAUAUGAACUCCUGUCGGUCACCAAUAACCUCAUCGCUGAAGAGAUCAGGAAUGUUAUGGCAAAAACUGAAGUGCAGGGAAAUUCAACUGAUACUUUGUUGGCUGGAUCACUUGCCAAAGCUCUCUGCUAUAUUCACAGGGUCUCUAAAGAGCUGGAAGUGGGACAAGAGUUAAAAUCAAGAAUAUUGGUGAUAAAAGCAGCUGAGGACUGUGCCCUGCAGUACAUGAACUUCAUGAAUGUAAUUUUUGCUGCCCAGAAGCAGAACAUCCUGAUAGAUGCCUGCGUGUUGGACUCAGACUCAGGGCUCCUUCAGCAGGCUUGCGAUAUAACUGGAGGAUUGUACCUCAAGAUACCACAGAAAGUUGCCCUGGCACAGUACCUUCUGUGGGUGUUCCUGCCCGACUCGGAGCAGCGUUCGCAGCUGGUGUUGCCGCCGGCUGCUCACGUGGACUACAGGGCUGCAUGUUUCUGCCACCGUAACCUCAUCGAGAUUGGUUAUGUCUGCUCAGUUUGCCUGUCAAUAUUCUGCAACUUCAGCCCCAUCUGUACGACUUGCGAGACUGCCUUCAAAAUCCAACUACCACAGAUGGUCAAGCCCAAAAAGAAGAAACUCAAGCAAGCUACAUGAUUUUUGCUGGGAUUCUACUAAUGUAGGGAAUUUAGUUUCUGUUUAGAUAUUAAAAUUGUACCAUUUUGUUUGGUACAGAUUUGUUACGAGCUUCAGCGGCAUCCUAGAGAUGCCUUUGAUUCAGCAAGGACCGUGUGCUCACGUUGACCUGAUUGGCUUUGGUAUAUUUUUAUGUACACAGAGGUUGAUGCUUCACUGAAUUACAGUCUCAUUUCAAGUCCCAACCUGAAUUCUCCCAGAUUUUUUGUCUUUGUAGAAAAUUCAGGUCAAUCAGAAUAUAUGCAGAUAUUUAACAUAUAAAACACACGAUCAAACACAGUAUUUGUUCACAAGUCUGACUGUUUUGUUCAUAUUGAUGAAAACAAAUGGCUCGCAGCAACUUUGAGCAGUUUGUGAUGUUGGGUAAAGAUGAUCCACUCAGUUGAAAUGCAAAUGUAGAUACUGAUUUGGAAAAAAUGUAACUGGAAAUUUUUGUGAUGUAAAAUUUUUCUAGAAUAAAAACAGAUUUUUGUUA